UACUAGACAUAGCUCAAGAGACAUGGCAGACUCAGGCCCAGCAUUGGCAGCCACGGUCCCCCUCACAUCCCCAGUCCAGACAUUCGCAGACAGAUUCGAGGCAUGGAAAGCAGUCAUCCACGAACUGGCAAGACACUUCCGCUCCAUCUCAGACGCAGAGGUCACGCACAACGAUCACCUACGCAAGAUCAAGGACACCCUUGCGGACCCUCUCACCACUCACGAGGGUUUCGAGAAGGGAGGCUCAGUCCAUGACAUUGGACAGCUCCUAUUCGAGCAGCAAACGGGCCGUGUCACACACUCCGACCACAUUGUCCUUGCCAUUGACCGCGAGAUUGUCCCCGAGCUCGAGCAUGCGAGGGAUUUUCUCACUGAAAAGAUCCAAGAAAUCAAGGGCUUCGAGCAGGAAUUCAAGACGACUCUCCCCGCGGACCUCGAGACUAGCCGACGGGCGGUGCUUGACCUGCAGGAUGCCAUCACAAGCUGGGAAGCAGCAGGUGGCGGUGUAGACCACAAGCGCGAUCCAUUCGUCGUGGACCUCGCCACGCGCAAGACUUUGCGUCACUCACUGGGUGAGGAGACCUACCUCAGGGAAUCCACCCUCAACCUCGAACAAUCCGCCAAAGAGCUCGAACAGCAGGUGGUUGCCGCUAUUCAACGCACCUUGGGCAAGUACAACGCGCUCGUCUCCCGUGAAGCGGCAGAACUCGCCGUCAUGUCGCAAAAGAUGGAAGACAGUCUGCUUGCUGGACACCUCUCCUCAGAGUGGGAGCUUUUCCGUAAGCGACAGCUCCAGGCCGGUGUCUUGAUUGACGCCAAAUCAUCACAGCGAUCUCUCGAAAAUGUGUCUUACCAGGGUAAAGACCAUGUUUCUACCAUGCCCAUCUGUGAUGGUUGGCUCGAGAAGAAGUCGAACGUCCUCGGCAAGUACACCACGUCCUUCUACAUUGUCUCGCCCUCGCGCUUCCUCCAUGAAUUCAAGUCGAAUGACUUGCGUGUUGACAUGGAACCCACCUUCUCCCUCUACCUCCCAGACUGUGAGCUCGGCUCUACAUCAGCUGAUGGCGACAAGGUUUUCAAGUUUAUUUUGCGUGGCAAGCAGCUCGGUGGCCUGCACACCGAGCACAACUGGGUCUUCCGUGCAAAGUCCCGCGAGGAUAUGCUCACCUGGUACACCAACAUUGGUCGUGCAGCAGACAAAUCCUUCCAAUUCACUGGCAAACCACUCCAAACUUCAGACGGCUCUCUCGCCGGUGCAACGGGUGUCUCCCGGGCUAAUACAAUCAGCGCACGCGCCGUGCAGCCACAACCACGUAUCCCACUCGAAGAAGACGCAGCGGAUGCAGAACCUUACCGGGGACCCGAGUCAUUGACAACUGCUACUGUCCUGCCUACACCAAGGCCAGCGGCAGGUCGUUUCAAUUCGGCUGCUGCAUUCAAGACACCCCUUGCAGCCGUCACUGCUGGACUUCAUGCACCGCCAGCCACCGCCAAGGACUUACAGCCCCUUGCAACGACUGAGUUGACACGUACAGCAACGUCCUCUUACGGUGUGCAAGAAACACCCGUCAGUGCCACACCCAUGAAUGGACCAGACCAUGCACACUUCGUUCAUCAAGCGAGCAUCCACUCUGCAACGGCUGGUUUCCUCAAAAAGGAGAUUUUGGAUGAUAAUGCGCAUUUACCCUAUGAUGCAGAACACACAACACACUCCACAUUGCCAGGCGAUGAGGAUUUCAAGCCAGCUGAUGCCGAUGUGAAAGCACCACGCACCCUGAGUACCGGUGCCGAACCGGCAAAACCCCGUCGUCAGGCGAGUCUGGCAUUCAGGGAAGUAGCUGGUAGCCCUGCGAGUGCCGUUGCAGUGACUUCGCCUGCGCGCCAGCAGCAGCGUCCUAGACCUGGUGUCAAGACUCCGUCGAGGCAAGCAACUGCUUCGUAUGGUGAUCCUUCUGCUGUGCCACCCAUGCAACCUCUUACAACAGACCAUCAUGUUGAUCCAGCUGCACCGACAGGAGCAGCAGCAGCAGCAGCAGCAGCGUAUGUCUCGCCUUAUUUCCCGGCACCCGGUGCAGGCACCACUGGCAAGCUGCCCGCUGAACAAUUCGAGCGUGCUCUGGCCAGUGCCAAUGCACCCACAACGACUUCCCAAGAUGUGACAGUUCAUCAACCAACACGCGCAGGUAGUAUGUCUGGUGUGAGUGCCGGUGCGGGCCAAACUCCUUCCCGUCGUAUGUCACUCAGUGAUCAAAUAUUGGGAACUGCACCGUCCAACAAUUCUUUGGCAGACCUCGAGAGUGCUGCACUCAUUGCAAAAGGUACACACAGUGAUGCCGUCUCUCCGUACCCACAUGCACAACGAUUCAAAGUCACAUCUCGUCAAGCAUCCGUCGAUCAUCUCGCUAGCCCGGCUGUAUCAACGAUGGCUGAUUAUGACGUUGCACCACACUUGCGCGUGGGUACACAAUCCAAUGAAGCACGUUAUAAAGUCCCCUCACGCAAAAAUUCACGCAGCGCAAGUGGUGUUGCAACACCUCAGGGACAACAGUCAGAGCAACCUAGUGAAGUAGCGUUUGAUCAUUCUGCACUGGAUGACUUGAGUGCUGCGCAAGUUGCACAGAAGCUCUCACAAGUCUCUGUGGGUGAGCGUGCUCGAGGUACACCAUCGCGUGGUACAUCGAUUGAUCUGCAGGAUGGCGCCACUGCCUCAGGAACGCGUUCACCUGCUUUUAAGAUCAAUCAGCGACAAACAUUCCGUGGACCACCGUCUCGUGGUUCUUCUUUGUCACUGGGCGCUGGUGGUGGUGCUGGUGAUGAAAAGGGCUUGCUGGGAACUAUUGCAGAAACGUUUGAGAAGGAUCUCGCAGCGGCAAAGGGGAAUUCACCAGGUGACACACACGUUCCAGGCGAGUACCCUGCCACACCGUCGGAGGAAAAGCGCGCACUCUGAUGACUCGAUAGGAAAUCUGCUAGAUCCGUACAAAUAUACAGCUUAGACGAAUGCCAGUUUUGAUAUGCAC